GGCCACUUUAACGACCACUUGAAAUGUCUGAACCAUACGACCCUUACGUCCCCCGCGGAGACCCCAGCGGCGCUCCUCGCCCUGGUAACUCCAAAACUGCUGCUAUACAGGCUCAAAUCGACAACACCGUCGAUAUCAUGAAGAGCAAUAUCAACAAGGUUGCCGAGCGUGGAGAAAGAAUCGAUGACCUGCAGGACAAGACUGGUUAGUUCCCAUUCUUGGCGCUCGGUCCUCGUUGGCUUUGAGAACUCCUGUGUUGCUAACGACUCGUGCCGCUCAGAAACACUGGCUGUUUCUGCUCAGGGGUUCCGGCGGGGUGCCAAUAAAGUGCGAAAAAAUAUGUGGUAUGUCUCUUUAAGCAGAUUCUCGUAGUCAGCAUCUCACAGACCUCACCACGCUUCUUAGGUGGAAGGACAUGAAGAUGCGGAUCAUCAUUGGCA